GGCGACGACGACAAAAGGACGUCGGCGAGUGGAAAAUACAUUCAGCCCAUUAGUACCUGAUCCAAAAAUCGUAUAUUUCUCAAGCUACCGUAUUACACAACCCGUCUUGCAAAGUUGUUGACAUCGAACGCUACACCUUCCUGGACCUGCAAAACCCUCAUUUUCAAUCACACACAUGCAACGACGGGCGUCCAACCAUGAAAUGAUCGCGCCAUCGACCAACUCGUGGAGACGGCACAGCUCCCCGUCGCUCGUGCCGUUGCCAGUGGGAGAUGGCGAAGAGAUCGACCCCGAUGCACUCCAAGGACGAUGCCGAAGCCUCACCCAAGAACGAGACUUGCUGCGUCAACGCCUCUUGGAAAAAGCGAUGCGUGAAGCGCAGCACGAAAUGAUGAUCCAGGGGCUCCAGAACCAACUCGCCAAGCUCACCGUGUUGUCUGUCAGUCGCCAAAGUCGCUACGAAGAGCUCUUGCAAGCGUACCAGCAGUUCAAGGACGUAGCGUUGACCGAAUUCGACGACGACGACAUGUGACUGUCGACUUUGCUCUCGAGCAUGCUGUGGCAAUCUUCGUUCCUACAGCAACGACCACCGCCCGCAGCAGCCGUUCUCCCAACUCGGCGCUAUCUAUUGGGCGCCACUACAGUACUUGUAGUAGUACUUAUACAUGUCGUCUUUAUUCGUGUAACGACACAUUGUUGCAUGUGUGCUCUCG